ACGUAAAUAGUUAUAGCCAUGGAAGUGUAUUUUGAAAAAAAAAAAAAAAAAAAAAGGGAUUUUUCAUUCCAAUGCAUGGCGCCUCUUCUUCUUCCUUCCAACCCUUGAAUCUCUCCAACUCCCUAUUUAGUAGACUUCUCAAAUGAAUUCACAUCCACCCAGCGUCUUAUCGAGUGAAGAGAGAGAUGCCACUGGAGGAGUGAAACCACAUGAGGAAAGGAAAAUUGACAAUGAAAUCACAACAUUGCAAAGUACACAACGAUAGAUCGGAAGUCGACAUUCAGCAAGGUUGUUGACAACUUCGACGCUUUGGGUUACCGCCAUUAUUGGGAUCUCCUCACCAUCGUCUAAUUCCUAUGUUCGUGCUCUGUUUCACCGGUGGCCAUCAGCUGAACCCACAACAGAUUCAACAACUCUAGCAUAUGCAGCAACUGCAGUAGAUGAGGGGGUUACAAGAUCUCUCAAUUGAAAACUUGGAAAUGCCGCAACCGAAUUAAGAUCUAAAACUUCCCCAAUUACAAGAUUUGGAACUUCCUCAAUGGGAAACGACCACCCUGGUAUGAUUAUGAAUGCCGCCAAAGGUGGAAUACUUCUGCUUCAUCUAGCUGCAGUUGCCGCCGCCGCAAAGAAAGGUGCCAACGGAGGCAGGCCGGUUCACAUUUAUUUCAACAACGAUGGUGGUGGCGGUGGAGGAGGAGGAAAUCCGAGCCACAAUCAGAAUCAAAGGAGCUCUCAAAUUUUCAGAUCCGGUUCCAGGGCCGCCAGUUCCCUUUUCUCCUUUGCUUCCAAGAACUCUCUCUUUGACUCCCGUUGGUUUCCUCAUUUUGCUCCACUCCAAUCUGUCUGUGCUUACAAUUGAACUGGAUUUUUGCGGAUGAAUUCGUCGUAGACCAGCCUCGUUUAUUUUCUCUUGUUGUCGUUCAGAUUCUCUAUUGUAAUUUUUCAAUUCUUGACGACGAUUGAGACUUUUCAUGGAUGUAGAUGGGCUAGCCGUAGCGAUAGAUUUAGAAAUCAAAUGGAAGUUGGGGAAGACUAUGGAUUUUACCUUGCUGUAUAAUUGCUUCUAGGCUAGAUGGUGGAAAUUUUGAUUUUGAAAGGAAGGGGAAGAGAUCCGAGAAUACCAUGAUGGUAUAGUGAUUGGAUUUAGGACCAAAUAACAACUUCCCCAAAAGCGUUAACGACCACAAAUUUGGUCGAGAAACCGACACAGAUCUACACUCCUAUGUUCCACCCUCGACACCAGAUUUCUUUUUGUAGCUUCCUGGUUCCUGGUGGUAGGUGGAUUCAUUUUCGGAUUCACGUAGUCCCCCUUCCUCUCCCACCGCACACUUGGUUCAAGUUCAUUGCCAGGAUCCCGAGUCGUCGCCGCCGCCGGAGGCUUCUCCGCUAUUGUCACCUUGGCCAGAAUCCCUAUUUUGUCAGAUAAUCAAGGGACUAAGGGAGACUAAGAGGGAAGAGGAGGGAGUACUAGGGUCGAGGUGGUGGUUCCAUUCCCGAUGGAGUCGCGUUGGAGAACACAAGGCGACGAAUGAAAGAAAAUUUGGCAAUUUAAUAAAGUGAUAAAUAAAUA